CGCAACGUAUAUAUUUCCGGUCAAAUUACGUGGCACAUGUGACGCGCCCUCGCUCCACAAGUCGAAACCUGCACGACAGUUUUGUAAAAAUUUUAUUCCUCUUCAACGACAGAAAAGUUGCCAUAAAAGAGGGAGCUUUAUUUGAGAAUCUUACCUACCGUUAGCGACGUAUAGUUGGUCUUCUUCGCCACUUUAUUACACGCUUUUUGACUCGACAUACGCUUACAUCAUUCGACUUUCAUAAUGGGAGCCUUCGCUAGCGUGUUCAAAAGCUUAUUCGGGAAGAAGGAAAUGCGAAUCCUUAUGGUCGGUCUAGAUGCCGCUGGAAAGACAACAAUCUUGUAUAAAUUAAAGCUAGGCGAAAUUGUAACAACAAUUCCGACGAUAGGUAAGGUAUCAACGUGUUUCUUGUCCGAAUUUAAACCGACUUUGUGUGAGGUUUCACGAAACGUCUCUUAGUCGCCAUUUUGAAAAUAUUGAAAUACAGUCAGCGCAUCAAGUUUUUGAUUUCACAACUUAUUCCUCGCUUUAUCUUUUAGGAUUUAAUGUUGAAACUGUCGAAUACAAAAAUAUUAGUUUUACAGUAUGGGACGUUGGUGGUCAGGACAAAAUUCGACCACUCUGGCGACAUUAUUUCCAGAAUACGCAAGGUUUGUUCGAGUGUGAAACUUUGUCAAUUGAUGUAAAAUCAGGUUAACUUUUGAUAUUUUUUUUAUCUGUACUAACAAAGGCAUAUUGCUUGUCUCUUCAAGGUUUAAUUUUCGUUGUGGAUAGUAACGAUAGGGAACGAGCAGGGGAGGCUAGAGAGGAAUUAAUGCGAAUGUUGAAUGAAGACGAGCUCAGAGAUGCUGUGCUUUUGGUGUUCGCAAAUAAACAGGUAAACUGCCAUUAUUUUUGAAAAUAUGUGUUGAAAUAGUGUGUAAGAGCGAUUUACUGGAGUUGUAUUCGUAUAUUAUUUGACCAUUUUAGGUUCCUUUCCAAGGAAAAUAUAUCAAUUAAAUAAGUGAUUGCAUCACAAAUUAUAUCAAGUAUAUAUUAUAGGUCAAAAUAUUUGUUUCCGCCUUUAAUAGUUUCGAAAAAAAUGUAUUUAUGUACAUAAAACUCGUACUUUCUGCCUUCUUAAUUUUACUCUUGCAAUCAGUUUUACAGGUUCUACUGUAUUAUUAAAGUCCCUAACAUUUUUAUUUUAUCAUCUGAUUGGAUAUCUGGUGAGGGAGUGUAAAAUCUGCUCUCAGGAAUUCUUCUUUUCCAAUUUUAUUAUAUUGCUAACUAGUAAUCAGUCAGUAGUAGUUUCAUUUAUCUUCCGAACCAGUUUUCGUAGCUAUUGGGCCAUUCUUCACCACUAUUCACAAAACAAAGACUUUUAUAAAAUUUUGAGUUCCAGUAAGCUGUUGUGGUGAUCCACAUAUAUGGAUAUUUAUAAAGAACGAAACCUAAUUUUAUAUAUAUCGGAGUUUCACACUCAAUGCGAUGAUGCUUAAUUAAGUCUUGGUUAAAGAUUCCUGUACAUAAAGGACUCUUUAACUGAAACUCAAGCAUUGUCGCCUGAAGGUUGCAUUGAGCGUGAAACUCGGAGUUGUGAACAAAGUUAAGGUUACAGAACACCUUUGAGUGUUAAUUUUGCCUAAAAAAUUUUUUUAUUGGUUUCAAUCAAAGCAUUAGACUAGUUCUACUAUCUGACCAAGUUGGACCUAUCUGACCAAAAAUGUUGAAAACUCGCAGAGUUAUUUAAUAAAAUACAUUUCGCUGCAAUAAGAAAAACAUUGAAAAUGUAAUAUUCAAAUUCAAUUUUCUCCCGAAAAAUUUUAAGGUAAUUACUGAUUUUCAAAUGAGUUGUGCUCCUGCGGGUUUUAACCAAUUCUCAAAUUUUCACAGGACAUAGCUAAAUACGUCAGUUUCAAAAUUGUGUUCGGCUUUUUUUUAAUUUUGGAUAUUUUAAAAAUAAAGAGCAAUUCACUGAAACAAUUCAGAAAUAUAUUGCAGUCAUCAAAGAAAUCGCCAUAUCAGCGGAAUGACGAAAUAAACAAAAAAUUUCUGAACACAAUUUUUUAGAACAACUAUUUUACUGUAUAAAAAUGAUAUUUUCUUAAAUAUAGCUUAAAACCAGCAGGAGCACAACUCGAAAGCGUAAAGGUACUGCGAAUUAAGAUUUUCCUGAAUAAUUCUCACAUCAUUUUAUUGCUUGUUAAUUUUACAACUUUACCAUAUUUUGCAUGCACUGGAGAACAUUUGUUGAAAAUUUGAUGAAAAUCGGAGUGAUAUUGAGCGCACAGUAGCGAUUUUCUGCAAAACUCCAAAAAGGGUGUCCUGUAACUUUAAUUAAUGUUCGCUCUGUCUAAUAAAUGGUAUUCGGGUAUUGGGCGUUUUUUCUGCGCCACAAAAUUUGAUAAUUAUUGGUCUCAUUAUUAUUACAGUAUAUAUAAAUAUAUAUGUAUAUACAAAUAUACAAAGAGUGUUACUGUCGUUCCAAUUGAAGUGUUGCUCAAAUAUUGAUUCAAUACAUUACCUCUGGCUGACCAAUUCAUUUCAUCAAGUUCCUUGAGAUGUUCAUACACUUCCUAGUAUAAUUGUAAACUUCCUGUUGAAUAGUUUGAAUGCACCAAUCACCUUUGUUGUUUGUGCAACUAACCAACCAUAAAUAGAAAGGAAGUGACCAGAAAUGAUCAAAUACUUGGAAUUGGCUUGUUCACAGGAAGUGUAUGAAUAUCUCGAGGAACUUGAUCAAAUGAAUUGGUCAGCCCGAGGUAAUGUAUUGAAUCAAUAUUUGAGCAACACUUCAAUUGGAACGACAGUAAAAAUGGUUUGAAUUUUCUUAUAAUGAUCAUGCACAACAAUUUUAAAACAUGUGGAAGUUGUGAUAAGUAUUUCUACAGCACUGGUCAGCUUCACAAUCGCAGUUGCUGUGAAAUUGAUUAAAGACGAAGAUUGAAGAAUACAUUAAGUUGACCCACUGAAUGCAGCAUGCUCUGCUUGACGAGUAAUAUUGUUCUUCCAUUAGCCAGACUGAAAUAAUAAAGUAGGGUGCAUUAGGGCACAAUGCAACUUCACAGGUAAAAAUGCAAAAAACUGAUGGCAACAGAUAGUCAAUGACCUGUUAGUUUAGUACAAAUAUUGCAUUUACAUUAGGGGAUAAUUAAUUCAAUUCCAAUUUUUCCCUUGUACAUGAUGGAAUUUAGUGUUAAGCACACUAAAAGAGUAUGCUACCACCAAAAUAUUCAAGGAUAUUGUUACUUAAGUUAAUCCAUUGAGCACCAGUGCUCUCCCCCAAGUGACGAGUAAAAUAAUUUGGCAUUAGACAGAGUAAAAUAAUAACGUGGGAUUGUCAUUAGGGUGCAGUGCAGUUAAUGGGCCAGGCACUUGUGUGGAGGCAGAUCUGAUGAACCCAUUGAACACCAGGACUCUUCCCCAAUAGUAGGUUGCAUUGGGGUUCAAUGUAACUUGAUGUUAAUAUUAAUUAUAAAAUAGAUUUACUAUGAUGCCUGACUUCCUUUAAAAUUUAUAAAAACUAUUAAAUCUAAUAAAAUAAUGGAAUUUCAAAUUUUGUACAUGAAACUUUAAAUUAAAUUGCUUACCAAUAUUUUAAACUUUAAAUUAAAUUGCUUACCAAUAUUUUAAGUCUAAAUGUCUAAUUGCUUUUGGUUAAAAUUAUUAGUUACCACAAUUUUAAGUCAAAUUGUUGUUUGGGUUGUUUUGGUUAACUGGUACUAAGCUUGCAGUUUGUGUACAUAUAUAUGCUUAAAAACUAAACCCUUGAAAAUAAAUAAUAAUAAAUGGCACAACUUGAACUAAAUCAACUUGCUUUGUAACUAACCCUAAGCCACAAGUAGCCUUCUGGUUCAAACUCCAAUAUAAUUCAAUACAAACAGGCCUUUGUUUUUAAUAACUAACUUUAAUUGACUAAAACUAAUUUAAUUAAACAACACUAACCCGCGUUCCUUGCAGGAUUUGCCUAAUGCUAUGAACGCAGCUGAAGUUACUGACAAACUUGGUUUGCAUUCCCUCCGACAGCGGGAUUGGUAUAUUCAGUCCACUUGUGCAACCAGUGGGGAUGGUCUUUAUGAAGGAUUAGAUUGGUUAUCAACUGCACUAAAACAGCGAAAUUAAUAAAAUAGUAAAACGUGUAGAAAAUAUUGCUUCUGUCCAUGCAACAGCCAGUGGCACUCAUCCAAACAAAGAUUACAAGCAAGCAUGCAUUUAACACUGGCCAAUGACUGUGAAUUUUAAAUUAAUAUUUAUAUAAACUUUAAACUUAAAUGAUAUAAACAUAUCUUGUUUAAUUUAAAUUACAUAUCUUGUGCAUUCAAUAUGGAGCUGCCAUAUAUAUAUAUUUUAUAAAUUGUAAUUAUACAAUACGAUUUAUUUUUUGUUUCUGUGAAGAAUGUAUUUAAACGAGUUUUUUCCUGCAAUCCUGGUAUUUUUAAUUGUCCUAAAAAAACUGCAUACAACAAUGCUCAUUAAUUUCUACAAGGACAGGAAAACGGCCCAGCACACACCGUAGUUUUUCUUUAAUAGCCUGCAUCAGGAAACAAAAAAGAAUUGUUUAAUAAAUAUACUUUCUUCGUGACAGUCGGAGUGAAAUAAUUUUUAAUUGGUUAAAGUUGAUUUAUAAUUAACAAUUAAGCACGAAAAUUGCAAGGACUUAUUGAGUACAACGUGUAGGAAUGUUAAAAUUUACGAUCAUACAAACAUUUAAAAAUAAACAAUCAACUUUUAUGUUAACAUACAAUAAAUCUUAUCCUUUAACUACAAAGUUUUUUACUGGAAAACCUGGCGAAUUAUUUAAGCUUAUUCGCACACUUUUUUCUUUAAUUAACGCAAGAUUUAAUGUUGUUUGGAACCAAAUAUCUUGAUCCAAUAGUAAUCCAAAGAGCGCCUUUCUUGUGAUUAUUCGUGGAAAUUUUUUCAGCACCAGUUUUAUAUGGAAGCAUAUAUCGAGAUAAAUUAAUUCUGAUCUUAUGCUGGAUUGAUCUGACAAAAGUAUGCUAUUAUUAUUAAAAACUAAUUACCAUAGCAUUAAAAAGUAAUAGUAACGAUAACAAUAUCUUUAACAAUUAUAAUAAUAAUAAGAGUAAAGACAGUGACUAUUAAUAAAAUUAGUAAUAAAUUAAUUGAAAAUACAUACAAUUUUAGCUAAAGGUGAGGUGGUUAUCAUGCGGAGAUAUUCACCACAAGCAUAAUCAGUUUUUUAAGAUCACACAAGUGAACGUAAGAUUCCAACUAAGGAUUGACAACAUAUAUAAGCUUCUUUUCAAUCUCGUUCUUAAAAAACCCCAUUAAACUAAGCAUAUAUCUACUUGCCUGUUAAACUUUUGACCUCUUUUGUUUUUCAGGAUCUCCCUAAUGCCAUGAACGCUGCUGAAACUACUGAUAAAUUGGGUUUACAUUCUCUACGAAACCGUAAUUGGUAUAUACAAGCAACCUGUGCAACGAGCGGUGAUGGUCUGUACGAAGGUUUAGACUGGUUAUCUCAGCAGCUCAAGAAUGCGAAGUAGACAGAUUUGCUAUAAAACAAUACACAUUAAAAUUUGUGAUUAGCCACAUCACCUGUAUAGUUUUUUUUUCAUUUACUUUGAAAUUCAUAGCAUCAGACUUUGCAGUAAGCAGCAACUGUCCAUGCAUGUAAACAGUGAAAGCUAUCUGCCAUUUCUUUCAAAAUGUUAUUUUUCUUGAUUUUAGUUUUGUUUAAUGGACGCGGAAUGACAUUGUGGUCAAUGCUGAAAUACAUGUGCAUAUUCUUUUAAUAGCUAUAUAUUUACAUGCUAACCAAAUUGAAUAUGUGCAUGUUCAACUAUUAAAUAAACUUGAUAACAAACAUUUCAAUGACGAACAUUCCCCUUAAUUUACGAUAAAGACAACAACGUGAUUUGUAGCUUUCGUAAUUUUAGCCCAUUUUGCGGUAUAAACAUUAUAGGUGGUACAUUCUGAUAAAGCGUGUUUGGCACAACAGACACUCGUUAUAAUAUUGUAUUUUGUGGUAAAUUUUGGCAUUUCAGUUAAUCUGGUCAUGGAUAACAUUGCAAUAUUGACUAUAGCCAGUUUUCCACUUCGAUCGUAACGUAUCGUAGCAUUUUCUUUUGUGUCGAAGUCUUUAGUUCCACACUACCGCUCAGGAAACAAAGAAAUACGCUACGUUUCGGUACGACACGAUUGAAGUGGAAAACUGGCUUAACGCUGUCAAGCCGCGUCCGUGUAAACAAUUUCAACAUUCCAGUCUAUGGAACAUUUCUAAUUUAAUAUUAUAACUGUGGUCAAAUUUCAUCGAACAUCAUCAUGUUGGCGAUGAGAUGCUUACAUAGGUACAAUCUCUCUUCCUUACCUCCAGUAAAACUUGUGUAAUGUGAAGUGCACGUAGUCUUUGUACAUCGAAAUUAAACAAUGUGUGAUAGCUUUUUUAAAUAGUCGUUUUAUGAAGUUUCACCAAGACUGUAAUAAAAAGUUGUUGUGUCGUUAUUAAUGCUACCUAUUUAACACUUUGUAAGACUAGUCUUCAAGUUCUAAUUUAAUGGUAUGGCGAAAACAAAUGGGAGAGCCUAUAUACCAGAAAUAAAGUAAUUAUAGCCAUAACACCGGUGUUUUUGGUAUACCGUAAUUAGCCUUUUCCAAAAGAGAUCACAGUGCAUUCUGGGAUCAUUUGGAGGGGACAAAAUAUAUGGUGAAAGGCGUCAAAUAAGUGAAAGAGUAGAAGUAUCUAUCAAAUAUCAACUUUUUAGACGACCAAAAAUAAAAUAUCUCCUUUUUACAUUAAACGUUUGAUUUAAAUGUAUAUGUGCUGCCAUAUUUCUUGUCCCUUCAACAUGGGAUUCGCGCGACUAGACCCAGGACUUUGGGAAAUGGCUAAUAACGGUAUGACCUGGACGCCUGGUUGACUUUGUAAUAAAAAAUAACAAGACGCCAGCUCAGGUGUUCACUCUGGCUGGGGGGUGUGGGCGAAAUACUGCGCUCAUAAUAGGCACAGCAUUAGCACCAAAAUGCACAACUCAAAAGCAAGGUGUGUCAAUGCG